UACCCCCCUUAGUAUAGCUAUGGCGACCCAGGCUCAAAGGGCGGCUCUGAGGAGAAGGAGCUCUCGCGCCGCAAGCCGGCCCUGAAUGCGAAUUGAGCAUGGCGGAGGGGGGGAGGCGAGGUGGAGGGAAGAGCAGAGCCCAAUCCAAAUGGGAAAGGCGCCCGGGCAGCCGCGGAGGGGGGAGGCAACGAGAAUUAACAGCCCCCGGCCAAGAGCGGAGGGAGGGGGCUUGGAAAGAGGAGAAUGGGUGGGAAGAGCCGGCUGCGUUCCCAUGGCUAAGGGCUGUUCCUCCCUCCCUGCCUCCCUCCCUGCGGUGGAGUUAUUAUUUGAGAGGGGGGAGAGAGAGAGAGAGAGAGAGAGAGGAGAAAUGUGCUUUUUGCAAAAAGGAAAAAAAAACCUUUGACUAUUUAAUUAUUUAUUCGGAAGCCGAGCGUUGGAGGCUUUGCUCAGCAGAGAUAGAUGGCUAGAAUAGAUAGAGAUAGAUAGAGAUAGAUAGAUAGAUAGAUAGAUCCCCUUAGCUGUGGCUCUCCUUCUGUCUUCCUUCUUCUCCUCCUCCUGCUUCCUCCAACUUUCUCUCCUCUUCCACUGUAACCUGUUACAGUCUCCUUUCUUACCUCUAUGCCAUUUCUAUUGCUGCCCAUAUAUGUGCCUCCUGGGCAUUGCUUCUCCUUUCUUUUUGCCCCCCCCUUCCUGCUGGAGUUGAAACCUGUCAAUGUGCUUCUGGGGUUUCCCCCCCUUCCUUCCUUCUUUCCUUCCCUUUCCCUCCCCUCCUUCUCGCCUUUCUUCUGCUCAUGCAGAUGUUUGCACCGCUGGCUGCGCCUUUAUAGAAAGAGAGAGAGAGAGAAUAAGCGGGGUUGCCUAACCAGCCGGCCACCAAGUCCCUCAACCAACCAGCCAGCCUUUGGAUCUAUAGCCUGAACUAUGCAUACAUCUGCCCGCUGAUCUGCUUUUCCAUUCACUUGCUUCCUUGUUUGAUUUCUUGCAGGCCUCUGCGGCAGAGAUGGAGAAAAUAAGGGUGCGAAAUUCCUGGGUGCCAGCCUGCCUAUGGCAACCUAGAAUACUCCAAGGCAGGCUCACAAAAUCUUCACCUAACCUCUGGGACAGCACGCUGCAAGAACAGAAGGGGGAACUUCGCAAGCGGCUCUCCUACACAACUCACAAACUGGAAAUGCUUGAAACAGAAUUCGAUUCUACACGCCAGUAUCUUGAAGUAGAACUCCGACGUGCUCAGGAAGAACUCGAAAAAGUGACAGAAAAACUGAGACGGCUUGAAGCAUACCAUAACAUUGCACAGAGGGACCUACAGAGGCCCACAAAUACUCCCAGGAUACAAAACAAUUACCUAGCCUUACAAAGAAUUAAUCAAGACCUAGAAGACAAACUGUACAGGAUGGGUCAACAUUACGAAGAAGAAAAAAGAGCUUUAAGCCACGAAAUAAUAGCCCUCAAUAACCAUUUGAUAGAAGCCAAGGUGACAAUUGAUAAAUUGUCAGAAGAUAAUGAGCUCUAUAGAAAGGAUUGCAAUUUAGCUGCACAUCUCCUCCAGUGUAGCAAGAAUUACGACAGAGCACAUAAGCUUUCCGAGGAACCCCUAGCAGCCAGAUCUUCAUCAUCUGAAUUGCCUCCCCCUUCUCUGUCCUCCUCACUGUUGCCAUCCGAAUUUCAGGAACGUGUCAGCAUCCACCUAGAAAAGCACGGAUGCAGCCUCUCAGUACCUCUGUGUCAUACAUCAUUUGCUGACAACAUACCAACUUGCGUCAUUGCUAAAGUCUUAGAAAAGCCUGACCCAAAUAGUCUUUCUUCACACUUGUCAGGUUCAUCAACCAGAGAUCUUGCCUUCCAGGACUCUUCUGGGAAGCUUAGCCAAAGACCCCAGUACAAGUCUGACAUCUAUUGUAGUGACACAGCUCUUUACUGCCCAGAUGAACGAAGAAGAGAAAGGAGACAGAGUGUCGACAUGCAAGUGAAAGACGUUGGGUUCUUGAGGUCCCAGAAUUCCACUGACAGCACGGUGGAAGAAGAUGGCUUCCACUCCAGCUUUUCCCAUGAAGCUUUUCCAGAAUAUGUUACCUCUCUCCCUACUUCAAGCUCCUACUCCAGCUUCAGCGUGACAUCUGAGGAGAAGGAGAAUGCCCAAGCUAGUACGUUGACAGCCUCCCAGCAAGCAAUCUAUCUGAGCAGCCGGGAUGAGAUGUUUGAACGAAAGCCGUCUCCAGGUUAUGACCACCAGGGAAGCCCAAGGUUUGCCAAGUCUAAAUCCAUUCAGCACAUGGAACUGGCUGACGAGGAGAAUUCCCCCACCUUCACUAGGACUAUGUCACCUUAUGCAAGCGAGCCUUAUCAUUUCUCGGCCAUAACCGCCCAACAAGCUUUAGCUUCGCAGAAAAUGCGCAGCGAGUGCAGGAAUACCCAUCUUUCAGAAGAGGACCUCCCAGGACGGUGGAGGCAGCUGAGCGUUGAGGAUAUUGGUGCGUAUUCUUAUAGGAACAGUGGCAGGCUUUCGCCCUGCAGCUUUUCGGAGCAGUACUAUAGAAGCCCCAUAAAGAAAGCGGACAGCCGGUCAAGUCCUAUUUAUGCUAGUUACAAAGGUGAUAGUUUCUCAGAGGGAGACGAUAUCUGUCAAAGCAGACUUGUAGAGUCUUGCUUCCUGACAACAGACAGUGGUCUGAAUAUUGACAUUAGCGCCAGCUGUAAGCAAGACAAAAUGUCUUCAUACAAAACAAAAGAACUGAGAGACAAAAAGAAUGAAAGAAUCACAGUCCAGGUGUGCAGUAGCAAAAGCAUUGAUGGCAGCCCGGUGUUGAAAAGAGAAUAUGUGGAUGUAAGUCCAAACAGCUCAGCCGAGUCCCUCAACCAGAGUUCUAUGGAGGCUUCAGAGAUCCACCAGUCUUCCAUUGAACAAGGAAGCCAUUCAAGCCUUCGUAGCAAACAGCAACAAUUUCAGCGGACUGGGAGCACAGGCUUGAGUCGGAAGGACAGCCUCACAAAAGCACAAUUGUACGGAACCCUCCUCAAUUAAACAUCUUCCAAAGUUGCAAUAAGGAGACAAAACAACAGUGAGGACCUUGGUUACUUCUAGCAUACAGUAGGCUUCUUGGAGGGGGGAGAGAAUGGUUAUAAAAUAUAUAUUCAUAUUCACAAUGGUACUGUUUUAAAGGGGAGAAAUAUUAUAAACCCAAAUCUGAUGAAACAAAACAAAAAAACAUUACAUGGCACUUUUCACAUGAUGACUUUUCCAUCUUGGAUACCAACCCUUUGCCCACUUUUAUAACCUGAGAUAUUUUUAUAAACAAAAUAGUAUUUAUUAGACUGUCCUUAGUACUCUCAAGCGCUUUGAGUGACACAUUUUGUCCCCCUCAAGUAGGUUUCUUAUUUAUUUUUUUGUGCAUGAGGCCACAUGUGCCUAAACUCUUGGAAGGAAAAGAGGUUCAAAGAAAAAGAGAGAGAAAAAGAAUCCCUAUCACAAGGACAUUCGAAUCCCUAAAAGAGUCAUUUAAAAUGUGGGUUGUGUGCAAGAUGUCCAAGAAUGGGGAAGUUAUAAAAAAAGUCUAUUUUUUGAAUGAAGUCGAAAUGAAAUAAAAUGGCCCACUAAUGUAUUUAAUACAAAUAUACUUCAAAGAAAAAACUACAUGGGCGGGGGACACAAAUGCACAAAGUGAUAUGGAUAUUUUGGUUUGUCUGUCCCAUUGUGUUUCAACUUCCCCAUCCUGUACACUACCUCAAAAUUAAUUGAGGGUUUCUUUGUCACUUAUUUUUCUCUAGGCUUGCAUUUAUAUUGUCUCAAAUGCAUGGAGUGUCAUAACUAGUACUGUAUUUUGCAUUACUUAAUAAAAGACACCAGUGGAA